AUGAAUCAACUAAGUGAGCAAAAAGAUUUACAAUUUCGACUUCCAACUCCGAUGGACUGUAGCGAGUUUCAAUUUCCUUUCGAGCCAUAUAGUAUCCAGUAUGAAUUCAUGCAAAAACUUUAUACUGCCAUUGAAAAAGGACAAGUAGCCAUAUUCGAGAGUCCUACGGGCACGGGGAAAUCUUUAAAUUUGAUUUGUGGCGCAUUAAAAUGGCUUAAUGACAAUGCUUCGAGGCACGAGAAUCCGUUGGGGAGUAAUGUAGAACGCGACACUGCCUCGAAUGAACCGUUGUGGGUAUUGGAGUAUCAUCGAGAGCAAAUUCGUGAACGAGAGAAACAAAAAAAGCAGGAAUUGGCUAACAGAAUCAGAAGAAUUAGAGAACGUGAACUUGCUCAACGGAAAACCUCUUCCAGUAGUUUUCUUUCUCGUAAAAAAAUGAAAAUUAAACACGAGAAUGAGCUCCAUCCAAUCAAUAAUAACAAUAACGAGAAUGAAGAAGCACCUGAAGAAUUUGCUCUUGAUGAUUAUAAUAGUGAUGAUGGCGACAAUAAAAAUGAAUCCAACAAUAACUUCGGUGAGAAUUAUUCCGCUGAAGUAAAAGAAUUAUUAGCAAGAUUUCAAGACAAUCAAGAAUUUGAACUAGGUGACGAGAAAAUUUAUUAUUGUUCUCGAACACAUUCCCAAUUGGCGCAAUUUAUUCAAGAGAUCCGAAAGACUAGCUAUGCUGAUGAACUGAAAUCAGUUUCAUUGGGUUCUCGAAAGAAUCUAUGCAUCAAUGAAGAAGUUCAGAAGUUGAAAAAUGCCGCACGAAUGAAUGAACAAUGCAUGGAAAUGCAAAAACCUAACACGAAAUCAGAUAAAAAGUGUCCUUACUUUUCCAAAAUUGGAAAAUCGCGCAUGUUGGACUUUAGAGACCAUGUGUUGGCCUUAGUACGUAAUAUAGAAGAACUUGUGGAGGUGGGUCAAAAACUAGAAACUUGUCCUUAUUACGGUACAAGAAAAAGUAUCAAGCAAUCUCAGAUUGUAACCCUCCCCUAUAACCUUCUCCUAUCAAAAUCAACUCGUGAGUCAACAGGGAUUUCCUUAAAAAAUAAUAUCGUCAUAAUUGAUGAAGCCCACAAUUUAGCAGAGACAAUAACAGCGGUACAUACUGUAUCUGUUGAUCAUUCACAAAUAUCGCGUGCACAGUUACAAUUAACUAAAUAUCUUGAGCGAUACAAGCGACGAUUAAAAGGGAAAAAUAUCGUUUAUAUUCGUCAAAUUUUAGCUUUGUUAGAUGCAUUAACUAAAUGCUUGAAUCAAUGGACGAAAUCAUGCGAGAAUAAAGAAAGUUGCGAGGAAAUCAAGAUGGUAAAUGAAUUUGUUCAUAAUUUAAAUAUUGACAACUUGAAUUUAUUUAAACUCGAAAAAUAUCUGAAAAGGAGUAAUCUUGCGCGAAAGCUUAAUGGAUUUAUUGAUAAAACGGAAUUCCACGAAGUUAAAAUACAUCCAAGAAAUGAUGAUGUGAAUAAUUACUUUUCUUCGAUUCCCUGUUUAAAUCAAAUUGAGAAAUUCUUUAUGUCAUUAACAAACGGAGAUAUUGAUGGACGUGUCAUCCUCGGAUUCAUGCCGAUUGCAGGCACAUCAAAAUAUCAACCCUACGUAAAAUAUUUAUUAUUGAAUCCUUCAAAUCAAUUUAAAGACAUUGUGAUGGAAGCAAGAAGUGUAAUUCUAGCAGGUGGAACAAUGGAACCUGUCAAAGAUUUGAUUGAUCAAUUGUUUCCGUAUCUCCCACCAGAAAAAAUCGAUCGAUUUUCUUGUGGACAUGUUAUUCCUAAAGAAAAUCUAUUAACUUUGGCUGUGUCGAAUGGACCUGCUGGGAUGCCAAUGGAAUUUACCUUUGAGCAUCGAACAGACGAGAAGUUGAUUGAUCAAUUAGGCCAAACCAUCUCAAAUCUUUGCAACAUCAUUCCAGAUGGUGUUGUUUGUUUUUUCGGAUCAUAUGCAUAUCUAGAAAAAGUAUAUCUCCGUUGGCAACAGAAUAAUACAUUGGAAAGAAUACAAAAGCGUAAAAGAAUAUUUUGUGAACCUCGCCAAUCCAAUGAAGUCGACAAAACUUUGCGCGACUAUUCAGCACAUAUUCAUUCGACACCAACCGGAUCUAAGAAUGGUGGUGCUUUGCUUUUUUGUGUGGUAGGAGGUAAAAUGAGUGAAGGCAUUAAUUUUGCAGAUCGAUUAGGAAGGGGAGUUCUAAUGGUAGGACUACCAUUUGCAAAUAUGAAUUCUGCAGCAUUGAAAGAGAAAAUGAAAUACAUUGAUCAAAAACGUCAAGAUAUACGAUCUGGAAACUUACAUUCAUCCGGGAAGGAAUAUUACGAGAAUUUAUGCAUGCGAUCAGUUAAUCAAUCAAUUGGUCGUGCGAUCCGACACAAAAGUGACUACGCAACGAUUGUGUUGAUUGAUCGACGAUUUAGUACACCUCGUAUUAGACAAAAAUUACCCGUAUGGAUUGGCGAGAAUGUGAUGGAGUGCCCAAAAUUUGGCGUUGCUAUUGUUUUGAAUUUCGUGUUACACAUGAUCUUGUAA